AUGCCCCCAUCAAAUUCUUAUCACGGCGACAAUUUCUCUUCCCACAAGAAUCGACAGGCAGAGGGCAAUGUUCCAAAUACAGCCAAAAUAGCAGAAAAUGGUGCUUUUGACGGCGCAGUUUCGCCACAAGAUCUUCCCGGGACUGGAUUGCCUCAAUCAAAUGCGGGACUCGCAACAUAUCUCCACAAUGGCGUCAGUUGGGAGGCGGAGGCGGAGAUUCCAUCCUCUUUUGUUCCUUCAUAUUGCAGGGGCAUGGAGCUUGGAUCUCCGAAGCGGCAACACACACAAGAAUCUCGGUCAUAUGCUGCUCAAGAAUCAGGCGUCCAAGACCACAAUCAAGCUCAAAUGGUCCUCUCCUCUUCAGAGUCUGACAUUGAGGACGUUCAGGACGAUCAAGAAAAGGGGUUCAAGGCCGGCAAUGAUGAGGUCGAGGCUCUUUUGCGUAUCCCAAUGCUUGAGAGCAAACUGGAAUCUGGGCUGAUCUCCACAUAUGGCCGUAAUUUGAUGCAGACGCUGGAGAAAGACCAUUGUCCUAUCAGCGGUGAGGCGCAUGCUUAUAAUACAAUAGAAUUGCCGCCAAUCGGUGACGACUCUUUGGAGGUAUCCUCAGAAGGCUACUUUGUGUGGUCGAUUCCGAACUUUCUUUCCCUCUUCAAACACAAAGAGCUUUGCUCGCCCGUCUUUAAAAUGGACGACGAUUCAUACUGGAAGCUGCUUUUGUAUCCACGCUCUGGGCCAAGUGCAUCCACAAGCGCAUCUCAGGUGUCGCUGUAUUUGAUGCGCGUGGUCCCUCAGCGGGCCCCAACGACUGCAGAUAAAGCGACACUAUGUGUGCAGUUCAGCCUUUCCAUUGUGGUACCUUCUGCAUCAGAGGUGCUUCUGCAACGUACAAACAACCACCGAUUUAUCGGGGCUUCUGUAGCGCACCCUGCCUUGUCUAUGACAUCAUCUGGUUCUCACGCAUCUGCUUCAGUGCUUCAAACUUCCUUUUUAGAUUGUCAGGAUUGGGGAUAUCUUUCCUUUGUUCCGACGGCGCGUCUUUUGCGAGUUUGCUGCAGAGCAGAGCCGCAAUGCGAGCUUAAAGUUGUGGCCCUGAUCCGAACCAUUAAUGACCCGGUUGGUAAUCUUUGGAUUGACCCGCUUUCUUACGAUUCGAGGCGCGAAUGUGGCUAUGUUGGGUUGCGAAAUCAGGGUGCCACGUGCUACAUGAACUCAUUGCUCCAGUCGCUAUUCAUGGUUACGGCGUUUCGCGCGGCUACAUUUGGAAUUCCGGUCACAGAGACAGCUUGUGCCGAUACCAGCAAUAUUCCUCUGGCACUGCAACGACUUUUCUAUUCACUUCAAGUCGCAGAGGGGGCCGUUUCGACGACGGAGCUCACGCGUUCCUUUGGAUGGAAAUCGAUCGAAUCGUUUUACCAGCGAGUAUUGCGCAAGAUGAAAGAUACACCUGUCGAAAAGGCGCUCGACGAGAUCUUCAGGGGCGAGACGCUUCGCUAUGUGCGGUGUCUCAAUGUGCCUUUUGAGAGCACGGGGAAAGAGCCUUUUUACGAUGUCGCAGUGACCGUUAAAGGAAUGCCAUCACUCGAGCGCUCCCUUGCCGCUUUUGUGGAGCCAGAGUUUCUGGUUGGCGAAAAUUCAUACAAUGCCGAAGGCUAUGGGCUUCAAGAGGCAAAGCUUGGAGUUGUGUUUGCCACGCUGCCUCCCGUGCUGCACAUCCAGCUGAAGCGAUUUGAGUACGAUUUUGAACGCGAUCGAAUCAACGAUCGGUUCGAGUUUCCAGAAGUGCUUGACAUGGCUCCUUUUGUCAUGCUGGGCAAUGGUGCAUCUGCUUCUUCCAUGGCUAUGCAGAAAUCAUCCAAUUUAGCCGCGGUACCGCCAUGUUCCGAUUCACCAAAGUCUUCGCUUCGGUAUCGUCUGCACGCAGUAUUGGUACACUCUGGAGAUGUCGGUGGAGGCCACUAUUAUGCAUUCAUUCGAGGCGGAGCCUCUAGUGAUGAUUCGAAUUCAUCGUGGGGUCGUUGGCUACGUUUCGAUGAUGAGAACGUUUAUCCGGUGUCCGCCAAAGAGGCCAUUGAUGAAAACUUUGGAAACUCCCAAUCGGUGCUGGGGACCCAUUCUGGCGCAGAUUCUUCAUCCAAGAUGUCUGCCAGCGUGAUGAUAAAGAGGCACACCAGUGCGUAUAUGCUCGUCUAUGUCCUUGAAUCUAGAUGGAUUGAAAUGGUCGGAGGUAUCCCGAGAGCUCCAGACCAUGUUCUUACACCAUCAAACUCAUCUUCCUGCGAAGAGGAGACCGUACGGCGGCACCAAAAUCAAUCCCUUGCAAGUGUUAGGCUCCUCACAGACACCGUUCUAAGAGAGCCCUCCUCUGAGCUGCUUGGCUCAUUCGCCAUGGAGUUAGAGCAGGAAUAUGGAAUUCCAGUUUCCUGCCAGCUGUUCUAUCUCAUUGAGGCUCAUGGAGGAGCAGAAGGUGCGCAGAGAAAAAUCCAACCCAUCACAUCCCUUGGUACCUCGUUUGGGGAGCUCGCAAAUGCGUUUCUCUAUCUUACCUGUAAAAUAGAUGGGGAUUCAGAUCAAUCCAGUGGCGAUGAUGGAUCCAAUCGCAAAAAUGGCGCCUGUCCCUUAGAUGAUGGCAUCGAGUAUGACGUUCCUCGAUCUGAAGAGCUUCUUUUUCCGCAAGGAGAGGGGUCUCCAAAGAAUCUUGAGCGAGCCGGCCAGGUUUUGCUGUUCAUCAAGUCAUUUGAUGUGCAGGAUGGCUCGUUGCGGUUCCAGGCCUCCAUGGUGGUGGGGAAACACUCCGCCAUUGGGAAUUCCAUUCGAUCUGCUCUCGAAAUUGAAGACCUAUCUGAUUGGCUUCUUGUAGAGGAGGCAAAAAUUGAUGCCGGAGACCCCCUCUCUUCUUGCUUUGUCGAUCCCUGCGUGCCGAUUGGCACGCAGCUGGAUGAGUCUAGCAUGGACGGCGUUGUGCUUAUAAUUCUCAACAGAAUGGAUUUGUCCUCCUUUGAGCGUCAAUUUUCGACCGUUUGUCUUUCGGUGCUUUUUGGCGAGGCCUUGGUAAAUAUGGGCGUUGAAGUGCCUAUUAUUGAGAACGUGCAUUUUCCGCUCUCCGUCCAACUGGCUCCUGAUGUCGGCGAUGUUAAAUUGCUUUCACAGUCCAAUGAAUGGAUUACGCUCCCUCAUCAAAAUUUGCACAAAAUUAGUGUCCGAGAUGUUGUCUUUAUGGCAGGGUAUAAGGGGAUUCUUUCGCGUCGGAAAUCGGGCAUUCAAAUCACCACUGCGGUGCCGCCUUCUGGGCAGGAGGUGUUAUUUUACCGGCAGACACACAGAGAGUUUGUUUGUGCCUCUCUGGGCAAAGAUACGCUUGAAAUGUCCCUCAACUAUCUGGUUCAAUUGCGCAAGCGUGUAAAGUGCUCUUUUAAAGAUUGUCACGACACCUUUUCGCUGAUCGAUUUUAUUCCCAGCUUUCUCCCAUCUGAAAUGUCAUCCCUGAAGCUUUUGGAGACCGUGAAUGGGAUGGUUGUCCGCGUAUUUGGCCAUGAGGACAAACUGGAUGUGGUUGGGGGGCGUUCGUUGCUUUAUUUGGUCGACCUUCGGCAUCAUGAUGGCUCUAAUCACAUUAUUCGAAUAGUGCACAGCAGACCUUCCGCUGGUGCUGCGAUCGCUCUACAUGUGCCAUCACAGUCUUCAUCGUCAUCUUCAUCGCCGUCAUCGUCAUCAUCCUCAAAGUUCUCUUUAAUGCCCUCAUCAAGGACAUCGUCGUUCUCAACAGCGCGAUCAUAUUUUGGGGUUCCAUCGCUUUUUGUUGUCCAUCCUGGAGAAUCAAUGGAGGCAACCAUGAAGCGACUUGCCCGGACAGUGCCGGGAGUUACCGAAUUCGAUGUAGCUUUUGGGAGAGGCUCUUUAAAAAUCCACCACAUCCGUCCAUUGGGAGGCCAAAACGAAUCCUCUGAAAGACUUAUCGCAACCGCUUCGCCGGCAGCCGACCCUAAUGCAGCGGCACCCGUACUUUCUGCUGAAGAUUCGUUAUAUGAGUAUAUCAAUCUAGAAAGCAAUCGCUUUGACAAAGAUCUUGAUCUUCUUGCAAUAGAGCAUCCAGAACGAUCGCCAUUGCCUAUCAGGGAGAUAGGCUCUUUUUCUCGGUUUUCGCAGACGCCCUCUGUAUCUCAGCCAAUCUCGCCCGCAUCGGCGUCUUCGUGGGCGCGUCCAGGAGAUUCCAUGCGUAUCAACUGA